GCUUCAACCGCGCGUGACAACUUUUGCAAAUAAACGUGGAAUCCGUAUUGAUAGUAAAUUAAGAACGUAUUUAUUGUCGAAAAGGUAUCACUCCAGAGGUGCGCUUCAGACUAUUGCAUACCAAAAUUUCAAAAACUUCUCAACUAAAAAAUCUCGAUAUGAAGAUUACUGAAUAUCUUUGUUGUAUGCUGGCUUGCAUGUCUCUACUGCAGAUGGUAAAUACUGAAGUUUCGAAAGAAAAGUUCGAACGACAGCUUCUAGACGCCCUUAUGAUGGAGAAUACAAUGAAGCCAAAGAGACCGUUUUGCAAUGCUUUUACGGGAUGUGGCAGAUAUGUUUCAGAAGAAAAAAGAGAAGAAAAGAAAGAACCACGUAUUUCUACGUUGCUUCAUUUACUCAGAACACUCCUGAAUACCUCUAAGCAAAACACUUGGAACACAAUUGAUCGUGAGAAUUAUCAAUUGCAACAGAUGCCACAAGUUUAUGUCUCGAAUCGAAUGCCUCUACGUGACAGACAGGAAAGUUAAUUUUGACGAAUACAACUUGACGUUCGAGUGUCGCCAGUAUUUCUCUAACACAAA